AUGGCUCGAGGAAAUGAGACAAAAGUCAGUGAGUUUAUUCUCAUGAGUUUCUCUUCCCUACCUGUUGAAAUACAGUCAUUACUCUUCAUGAUGUUUCUGAUCAUUUACCUAGUCACUUUGAUGGGAAACAGCCUCAUCAUUUUGGUUACUUUGGCUGAUUCUAUGUUGCAAAGUCCCAUGUACUUCUUCCUUAGGAAUUUGUCCUUCUUGGAGAUUGGCUUCAACCUAGUCAUUGUACCCAAAAUGCUGGGGACCCUGCUUGCCCGGGACACAACCAUCUCCUUCCUUGGCUGUGCUAUUCAAAUGUACUUCUUCUUUUUCUUUGGGGUGGCUGAAUGCUUCCUCCUGGCCACCAUGGCAUAUGAUCGUUAUGUAGCUAUCUGCAACCCCUUACACUACCCAGUAAUCAUGAACCAAAGGGCCUGUGCAAGAUUGGCUGCUCUCUCCUGGUUGCCAGGCUUUCCAGUAGCUACUGUGCAGACCACAUGGCUUUUCAGCUUCCCAUUCUGUGGUACCAACAAGGUGAACCACUUCUUCUGUGACAGUCCACCUGUGCUGAGGUUGGUCUGUGCAAACACAGCACUCUUUGAGAUCUAUGCCAUCAUUGGAACUAUUCUGGUCGUCAUGACACCCUGCAUGCUGAUCCUAUGCUCCUACACUCGCAUUGCUGCUGCCAUUCUCAAGAUUCCAUCAGCUACAGGGAAGCAAAAAGCCUUCUCUACCUGCUCCUCUCACCUCCUUGUUGUCUCCCUUUUCUAUGUAUCUUCAAGCCUCACCUACUUCAGACCUAAGUCUAAUAAUUCCCCUGAAAGCAAGAAGGUGCUGUCAUUGUCCUACACUAUUGUGACUCCCAUGUUGAACCCCAUUAUCUACAGCCUAAGAAACAAUGAGGUGAAGAAUGCCCUCAGCCGGACCUUCCGUAGGGCUAUCAGCCUCAGAAACUGCGUUCUAUAG